AUGUAAGACAGAAUUUUAAGUGUUUACAAAAGGGAGAGAUAAAUUAUAACUUCAUAAUAAGAUAGCAGCAAUGGAACUCCAGAUUGUCCGUUAAACUUGAAUAAUUUUACAAAAUUUUCAUUUUAAUCCAUAGAUGAUAUCGAUAUACCAAAUUCAUUACGUGCUUGCUUAUCGUUUGAAAUUUCAGAAUAUUAUAAUAAUUUUGCUCUAAUCAAUGCUAUUAAUGUACUGCAAUCAGAAAUUGAACUUAUGAGGAAUAUUUAUGAGAUUAGAGAAAAUCCCUUUGCUAUUUGGCUUUGUGACCAAGGAGAAUGGAAAUUAGUCAUUGUAAAUGAUUAAGUGCCUUGUGUUACGAAUAGCGAUAAUUAAUUUGAACCUAUGUUCAAAUGCACUUAUUUAUGGGCUAUAAUUAUUGAAAAAGCUGUUGCUAAAUUACUAGGCAAUAGUUACAAUGUAUUCAAUCAUCUAGUAACGAAUUCGAUAUAAUCGUUUGUAUAUGUAAUUUGAUGUUGUAUAUUUAAGCUUUUGACUGGUUAACCAAUUACACAAAUUUAAAUAAAUAAAAUUGAAGAAUUGCGAACUCUAGUAGAAGAAAAAAACUCUAUUUUUUAUAUUGAAGUGAACUACAAAUAGAGAAAUAAUGCCUACGUAAUAUCAUCCUUAAAAGAAAAUUAAGUUGAAUUAUAAGCCAUUAACAUAUAAUCAAUUUGUGAUGCAGGUAUGAAAUUAAAGGAUUCAAAAUUCCUUUUAAGUUGGGAUGAAUUUCAAAAAUAACCCUUAUUUUAAGUCCAUUUAAAUAAAGAUUCUCAUGUUUAUACCUUUACAAUGAAAUAGCCAAUAGAAAGAAAAUUGUAAUUUAUUGAACAUACAUAUAUUUACAAUUUUCAAAUCAACAAGAAAGAUACUUAUUGGAUCUCAAUUUGUUAGAGAGAUUAAAACUUUAAUUCAUAGAAAUAAAAAUAAGAAAUAAAAUAUGGAUUGAUAAGAUUUUUAUUAUUUAAGAAUCAUAAGAAAAGCUAUUAGUUAAUUUCCGAUACUAAUGAUUUCAAUCAAAAUCUUUAUCAUAAAAUAGAAUUAGAAAAAGGAAAAUACACUUUACUUUGCCAAGCAGAGUUUUAUAAUAUUGAAUCGCUAUCUGAGGAAUUAAAAAAUUCAUAAAAAAUAUUAAAAUUGUAAAUCUAAGGGAUGAAACCACCAUAAAAUUUUGAUUAAAGUAAAUAAAAUGAGGAAAACUUAAGAGAACUAAUUAUAGCAAUUAUCAGAUAAAUAUCAAAAACAAAUAAAAAUAUUUAUACAUUCUAAAAAGAAGGAUUUCCAUAGGUAUAGAGGAUUAUGGAUAAAACUAGAGGAUUUAUGUACAUAUAUUAUGAGAAUCAUGGAGACUCUGAUUUUGAAGAGUAUCUUUAGUUUAAUAAACAUUAAAAUUUAAUAAAUAAUGAAACCUAAUAAAUGGAAACUCGCAGAAAGGUUUCGAUACCUCCAAAAGAAUAUAAAUUAUUGCUUUACAAAUAUGACCCCAGAGCUUUAAUUAAGUCUCCACAGAUUUGCUUUGAAUGUUAAGUAGACUUCAAAAUUAAGCCUUCAGUGUUCGAAUAUAUAUACUUCAAAUAGGGCGUGUUAUACAAGGAAAUUAAAAAUCUAAAAAUUUUUAUUGUAGAGCAUGAAAUAGGUAUUCUAGUUAUUUCUAUUUUUAGGAGUUUCGAUACUUUUUGUUAAUCAAGCUAAUAAUACUAUAUAGGUAACGUGUGAGUUAAAACUGUAAAAUCUCUUAAUUGUACAACACAAAGACUUAUCUUUGCAAGGCAAAAUAGCUAAGUUUUAGAUGAUGCCAUAAUCAGACUAUUUUGUCUUAUUAAAUCUUGAAAAUCCCCAAUAAAAAUAAAAUAAUUGUACUAUCAAAGUAAUUGUCUAAAAUAAAAAAUGA